UGCCAUGUCAAAAGUGCCCUUUGGGGUUAAGGACUGUGGGAAGACGUGUUCAUCAGAUGAGGUUCAAGUGAUGUAUGAGGAAAGACUGAAGGAGGAUACACAACUAAAAUUGGAAUCCACAAGGAAAUGUUUUGCAUGUCAGGUGUGUGGCAAGGAAUUGUCUAAAGAGAGUCACAUCAGGAUUCACAUGAGAGUCCACACAAAGGAGAAGCCAUACAACUUUGAUAUUUGCAAUAAGACAUUCCCAUCCAAAAGUGAUCUUGAAAGGCACGAGAGCUGCGAGAUUUGCAACAAUACAUUCUCAUGGAAAAAGAAUCUGUUGAGGUACAUGAGAACACAUACAAAGGAGAAACCAUACAGCUGUGAGAUUUGCAAUAAGGCCUUCUCUGAGAGAGGUAACCUAGUAGCGCACAUUAGAGUACACACCAAGGAGAAACCAUACUGCUGUGAGAUUUGCAACAAGGCCUUCUCAUAUAAAGUUAGUCUAGAGAUUCAUAUGAGAAGGCAUAGAAAGGAGAAGACAUACAGCUGUGAAAUUUGCAAUAAGGCCUUCUAUUUGAAAAGCCAUGUAGUAAGGCAUAUGAGAGUGCAUACAAAAGAGAAACCAUACAGCUGUGAGAUUUGCAAUAAAAACUUCUCACAAAAAUCUGUUCUAGUAACCCACAUGAGAGUACACACAAAAGAGAAGCCAUACAGCUGUGAGAUUUGCAAUAAGGCCUUCUCAUACAGAGGUGGUCAAGUAAGCCACAUGAGACUUCAUACACAGGAGAAACCAUAUAGCUGUGAGAUUUGCAAUAAACACUUCUCAAAUAUAUCUAACCAAAUACAACAUAUGAGAGUACAUACGAAGGAGAAACCAUACAGCUGUGAGUUUUGCAAUAAGGGUUUCUCAGAGAAAUCUAAUUUAGUGAGACAUAUAAGAGUACAUACAAAAGAGAAGCCAUACUGCUGUGAGAUUUGUAAUAAGGCCUUUGCUUUGAAAGGUAAUUUAGUAAAGCACAUGAGAGUACAUACAAAGGAUAAGUCAUGA